AUGGAUACAAUUUUUAUAAGACAAGAAACCGAGGACGCUUGUCUCAGUACCAAUUCCUAUAAUGGGAAAUACUGGGAAGCCAGAGUCUCAUCUGUCCCAGUUCUAUUUGUGGUUUCAGCUUUGGGAUCAUUUACACCCUUAUUGGCAGCAUAUUCUACUAGAUUUAGAGUACCGCGAUGGAUAUUCGAUGCUAUAAAGUAUUUCGGAAGUGGAGUGAUUAUUGCAACUGGGUUUAUCCAUUUGAUGGCCGAAGCAGCUGCAAAUCUUAGUAAUGAAUGCUUGGGUCCACCAUUUACUGAGUAUCCGUUUGCCGAAGGCAUUGCAUUGAUUGGGGUGUUUUGCAUAUUUUUUUUUGACGUCAUAGCUCACCAACGAUUAUCGGUCAAGGCAAAGGAGUAUUUAGAGGCAGGACAGAACGGCGAUUCUCUUAUGGAAUUCGAGUCAGUCGGCCGCCUUCAAAAUGAGAUCCCAAAAGAAGUUGAACAAGAAACAAACUUUUCCAAACACACAAAUGAGUCAACCGAAAUAAAGGAGGUUGAUAAGCGAGAUUUAUCAAAACUAGAGAGCAUAUACCAAAAAAUCUUGAAUUGCGUGGUACUAGAGUGUGGUAUUGUUUUCCAUUCGGUGUUUGUAGGGUUGUCGUUAACGAUUGCUGGUGACGAUUUUGUCACACUUUACAUUGCUAUUUCAUUUCAUCAGUUCUUUGAAGGUUUGGGUCUUGGAACAAGGUUUGCAACCACUCAAUGGCCGAAGGGGAAGAGGUACGUGCCAUGGGUUAUGUCUCUUGCCUAUAGCUUGACUACACCACUUGCAGCAGGUAUUGGGUUAAUUGUACGUAGAAGCUACCCUGAGGGAUCGCGAACGGCGUUGAUAACUACAGGUGUCUUUGACGCUGCUUGUGGAGGUAUAUUGAUUUACAAUAGUAUUGCCGAAUUAAUGGCGUUCGAUUUCAUGUACUCGGGAGAUUUCAAAAACAAGUCGAUUAAGCAUUUGUUGGUUGCAUUCGUAUACUUAACUUUGGGUGCGUUUGCAAUGGCGCUAAUUAGUAAAUGGGCAUAA